AUGGCGCCCACUGGAGGAGAAAGGAAAGCAAUUCCAGUCCAGUCCAGUCCUGUCCUGUGGGUUAACUUGAAAAUGUUACCUUUGGCGGUGGCGCUGGACCCGCUUGUGCACCAGCAACAACCACAACUCCAAAUGUCGACAAUGAUGACCCGGAGGAUGGCGAGGAUGAAGAGGAGGCUCACCUUUCUCGGCAAGAGUUCAAAUGAAGUGGCUGUCAAUGAUAUAAUUUCAGAUCUAAAAGAGAAUGCUAAUGGUUCCCUAGUGUGUGAUGGGAUGUUUUUUCAUGUUAGAUGUGCCUGCCAUAUUCUCAAUUUGGUUGCUAGAGAUGGGUUGAAAGUCAUUUCAGAAACACUCAGCAAGGUCAAAUCACUUGUACUAGCUGUGAAAGGGUCUCCAUUGCAGUGGGAAGAGCUUAUGAAGCGUGCCACCGAAGCUGGGUUGGAUACAAAGAGGGGUAUUCAAAUGGAUGUUUCAACAAGGUGGAACUCUACCUAUCUAAUGUUGAGAGAUGCCUUGUACUACAAGGAUGCAUUUAUUAGGCUGAAGUCUUCAAAUCGACGUAGGUAUGCGUAUGCCAAGAUUUCUCCAUCUUCUGAUGAAUGGGACAAUGCAUUGACAAUUUAUGGUUGCUUGAAGAAAUUUUAUGAUCUCACUGAAAUUCUCUCUAGCACUUCAUAUCCUACUGCAAACUUAUUCUAUAGAGGUUUCUGUGAUAUAAAAGUCUUGCUUGAUGGCUGGUGCUUUAGUGAAGAUGCUAUAAUUAGAGAAAUGGCAGUUGCUAUGAGUGCAAAAUUUGAGAAAUAUUGGGAGCAGUCCAACAGUGCUCUAGCUGUAGCCUAUUUUCUUGAUCCUAGGUAUAAAAAAAGGCUCAUAGAGUACUACAUGAAGAAGUUCCAUGGGAUUCAUUAUCAAGCUGAACUUGAUGAGUUUAUUAGUGUGGUAAAGAAACUGUACAACUUUUAUAAUAUUAGUUCUGCUCAUGUAUCAUCAAAGACAACUAGUGAAGUGGCUGCACCUGCACCUAGUAACACAUCUGAUGUAUUAAUGGGAAAUACAGACCAUGACCUAGAAGAAUUCUUAUAUGAUGCAAGUGAACCUGCUGUGGUUGAGUCAAAUGAUUUGGAGAGGUAUAUGUUGGAACCACUACUGAAAAUUGUUGAUUCUAAAAUGGUUGGAUCAAUUGUGAGUGAUCUUGAGGUUGAUGCUUUGACUAAUGUUGUGGCUAAGCUGAAAAUUGAGGACAAUAACAAGGAGGGGGAAGAGGACGCUGAGGAGGACAAUGAGGAAGAAAAAGACAUGGAAAGUGAUCCUGACAUCAUGGAUGAUGCUGAUGAACUGUAG